GCCAGCUUUCAGUUUUUUCAAUUUCCAUUCGUCUUCUCCGCGUCUCCCUUUCUCUCUCUAGACUUCUCAUUCCUCCAUUACCAGGCAGAAAGAUUCUCUCUCUAGAAUUAGAAUCGCCGAUUACUGAAGAAAAGGAGAAAAUAGCAAUCGAUUGAAUUCCGAAGUUCUGGAAUUUGGAUUAUUAUCCUGAUCGAUUGCUGGUUAGGGCGUGAUUAGGAGUGGAAUUAGUAGAGAGAGCCGAAAUUGGGGUAGGUUUGGAAUACGCAUGAGGAGGUGUUUGGGAAAUAAGCUUCAUCAAUCAUUAAAUUCUAAUUCUUAUUCGAAUCGCUCCAUCGUUUAUUCGUUUCUUGUGUUUUUUCUUCAUUAUUCUCCUCAAUUCGGUGUUUUCCUCUUUUUCAUUAAUGAUUUUAUUCUUCAUUCCGUCUCCUUGUUGUCCCUGUUAUUGUUAAGAUUCUCUAAAUUGAGGUUAUUACUGAGUUUAAAUCGUAAGCUUUCGAAUUGUGAAUUUUAUCGCGGAUCAUCUGUUAUUCAUGGACUCAAGAGACAAGAGGAGUAAUCCCCAAUUGCAAAAAGCUCUUUGCUAUUCGAAUGUGGAGAGAAGGCAUGCAUCAUCACCAUCUGUGAUAGUUAUAGGUGGUGGCUUUGCAGGCAUUGCAGCUGCACGAGCUCUUUAUGAUGCUUCAUUUCAGGUCACUGUGUUGGAAUCUAGGGACAGAAUCGGUGGUCGAGUUCAUACUGAUUACUCAUUUGGUUUUCCAGUUGAUCUUGGUGCAUCCUGGUUACAUGGGGUGUGCAAAGAGAAUCCACUGGCACCUGUUAUAGGGAGACUAGGAUUACCUCUCUAUCGAACAAGUGGUGACAACUCAGUUUUAUAUGACCAUGAUUUGGAGAGCUAUGCGCUUUUUGAUAUGGAUGGAAAUCAAGUUGCACAGGAUUUAGUGUCAAAGGUUGGACAGAUAUUUGAGAGCAUUCUGAAGGAGACGGACUUAGUCAGGCAAGAUUUUAGGGAAGAUAUGCCAAUAUCUCGUGCAAUCUCUAUUGUUUUCGAAAGGAGGCCAGAUUUAAGGUUGGAGGGGCUUGAUUAUAAGGUAUUGCAAUGGUACCUGUGUAGAAUGGAAGGCUGGUUUGCUGCAGAUGCUGAGACCAUAUCACUUAAAUGCUGGGACCAGGAGGAGUUGCUUCCUGGUGGACAUGGACUUAUGGUCAGGGGUUAUCUUCCGGUUAUAAAUACCCUUGCCAAAGGUCUUGACAUUCGUUUGGGUCAUAGGGUUACAAAAAUUGUAAGACGUUACCAUGGAGUCAAAGUAACUGUGGAAGAUGGGAGAACUUUCGUAGCAGAUGCUGCUAUUGUGGCUGUCCCUCUUGGUGUUCUUAAAUCAAACCGUAUCAAAUUUGAGCCGAGAUUACCAGAGUGGAAGGAGGCAGCUAUCAAUGACCUCGGAAUAGGUAUUGAGAACAAGAUAGUUUUACACUUUGAGACGGUGUUUUGGCCAAAUGUAGAGUUCUUGGGAGUGGUUGCAGAGUCUUCUUACGAGUGCAGUUACUUUCUUAAUCUACAUAAGGCCACUGGUCAUUCCAUCCUUGUUUAUAUGCCUGCUGGGCAAUUGGCCCGCGACAUUGAGAAAAUGUCAGAUGAGGCUGCUGCUAGUUUUGCUUACAUGCAGCUGAAGAGAAUCCUUCCCAACGCUUCUGAACCGAUUCAGUACCUUGUUUCUCAUUGGGGCGCAGAUGAAAACACACUGGGCUCCUACAGCUAUGAUAUGGUGGGUAAACCCCAUGAUCUGUAUGAGAGGCUAAGGAUCCCCGUGGAUAACUUAUUUUUUGCUGGGGAAGCAACUAGUUUCGAGUACCCAGGUUCUGUACAUGGAGCAUACUCCACUGGUCUAUUGGCUGCUGAGGACUGCAGGAUGCGUGUCUUGGAAAGAUAUGGGGAAUUGGAUAUACUCCAUCCAGUGAUGGGCGAGGACCCGCCAAUCUCCGUCCCAUUGUUGAUCUCCCGAAUGUAACAGUUUGUUCGGGUUUAGAAACCGUUUACAUGUUCCAACAUGUGAAUUGGGUAAAAAAUAUGUGCUGCCUGCUUUUUGAGAAAUUAGGGAAGAAUCCAAACAAAAGACUCUAGGUUUCCUAAUGAAUGAUGAAAGCGGCAGUUAAUAUUCGUGUGGUCUUCCUUCUUGUGAGUAUGAAUAAAAGUUGUAUUGUCGGGACAUUGAAAAACUUAAAAAACAACAACAUUGGUUGUUAUAUAGCCUAUAGUAUUCUGUCGUCCGGUCUAUCAAAACUUAUUCACAGACACUAAAAGUUGUAGAGGCUACCAUCCACUCUACGGAAACGUUAAAGUUUGAGGUACUUUGUAGAUGAACUUUCUGGUGUAUUUCUGGUGAAAAGAACCUGGUUAGCUUUGCUUUUCUGAUA